AUGGGCGACAGAACACAGCGGCGCGAUAACACGCCGACGACGUCGCAGACGACGACGCAGAACAGCACAGAUUCGGAGACGCGCACCGAGUCCCCGCGGGUACUGCGCCUGCGCGGGGGGCAUACCUCGAGCGGGCGGUCGGUGCAGUGGGCCGAGGACGUGGUGGACAAUGAAGGGCUCGGGCGGAAGAGCUCCAAGGUGUGCUGCAUAUACCACAAACCCAAGGCGGUCGACGAAUCGAGCGACGAGUCCUCGUCAGACGACUCGUCGUCAUCCUCAGACUCCGACUCAGACUCCGGCGCGGACGACAAGAAGCGCAGCGGCGACGCAAAGAAGACGCCCGCGUGUGGGCACUCGCACGGCCACGGGAGGAGUCGCCGCCGGAAGGGACAGGGCGACAAGCAGAAGCGACCGCCCAGCCCAAACGCAUACGAAAAGGUGCCCAAGCACAAGCCCAAGGAGGAGCAGGCUCCGGCCUCGAAGGCGUAG